GAACCGCGUCUAAGUGGAAAUGGUGGGGCAGCUAAAGUAGCUACAUCGAUACUCCCGAAGAAACACCGCUUACCUAAGCGUCUAACUCCCGCUGCGUUGGAUUGAAGCUCCAAGGUCGUCGUCGUCAACCCGCCCAGCAUCGCAUUGCAUCCCAUAUAGCCAACUGAGCCAUUGGCCAGCACAAUUGACUCGGAACAAGAUGGCCACACCCAACCAGCAGCCCUAUAUCGCCAGCAAGGUCGUCAAGACCGACUACCCUCUCAUCGACAAUGACCCACACUUCAAGAGAGUAGUUGGCUAUGCCCGUACCUCAGACUACGUGCACGGUAUCACGGCCGCCGCAGCUGGCCCGGGUCUUCUGUACGCUAUGGAGCGUCUUGCUCCCUCACACGUGGGUCGCGGAGGGUUUGCCCAGGCCAUGCGUCUCGGCGGUGUUAUCGGUGUCAUCGGUGGAUUCCUAUACUUCUACGAACGGUCAGCCUUAAGGUUUUACGGCAUGUCUGAAAAUUCCCGGGAACUAGAGAUGGACAUGAAGGAAAUGGUGGCCAAGGUUAAGGCCGGUGAACCCCUAUAUGGCGAGAGCAAGUUAACACCGCACAUGCAAGGUGUUGCUGCCAGACAAUCCCGUUAUUCUGCUCUUUUCACCUCUGUUCUGCCCUGGUUCAAUUUCGUCAACCACAAUCAACACGGUGUUGAUACCGCUAAAUACUACCGCGCCGCCGAGCAAGAGCUAGAGGCCGAGAGGCUCGGAAAAUCGGUGUCGUCAUAGGAUAGGAUAUCCAAUGAAUGGCGCGAAGAAGCAGAAGCUCGAUAGCUGGAGGAUUUAGGGCACACAGAGGGCAAGUGUGUCAAUAUGCCAUGUACAUAAAGAUGCCAAAUGAGGCCAGCAUUUGAUUGAUUGGGUUCAGGUGUCGAGGAAGAGGAACGGGAUAGCCACGUCUAUAUAGAUUAGACAUGUGCAGAGG